GCCAGCCAGCAUACUUGUAUGGUGGACCCCAUCGGCAACAAAAUCACCACUUUGCCCUAUUCUCAGCCUUCUUCGCCAUUCCUUUCCCUCUCCCCACCUACUAGUCCUUUACGUUCAGGUUCCCCUCCCGUCCGACAUGCCUCCGGCAUUCAUUUUGAUAUGUAUUCGCAAUCUUUUCCAGGUCAGCCUUCUUCUACCCAGAAUUUCUCAGACGGAGCCCUACAAUCCUUACAUUCUUCUGUCACUCCAACUCGUGUGUCUGAACCCACGGUCACGAAAUCCGUCUGCUUUCGCCCUGGUUCAAGUAUUUCACUCGACCCAUGUCACUCUAUCUGUAUUCCACGAGACAUUAUUUUCAAUACUCUACGUCUGGAAGACUAG